AUGUCCGAUAUCUUUCCAAUUCGUUUCAACUUGAACUUGCUUUUACCCGUCUUUCAUGCAAUUUCACUUUCCUUUUUUACUGACGCUUUUGCUUACGAUCCGUUUUAUCGUCCACUUCGCAUUCUCUCAAUAUUUUAUUAUCUAUCUAUCUAUCUAUCUAUCUAUCUAUCUAUUCGCCCCAAAUUCAAUACUCUGAUCAAAGCCAACAUUCCGUCGUUCUUUCUUUCUUUUUCUUUCUUUCUUUUUUUUUUCUUUCUUCAUCCAUUAUAUCUCUCUAUUCUUAUAUUUUACUUAUCAUUUUAUCCGUCUCUGUUCUUUUUCACUUCAUUUUCUUUCUCCCUUUUUAUUUUUUCACCUGUAUUUCCACGUGUGUGUCUAUACGUGCACAUUUGCAUCUAUUUUCUGUUACAUAUAUGUCUAUAUGCUUGUGCCCAGGCGUGUCACCGCUAUGUUUGCUCCCUCACGUUUUCAUUCUCUCCCCCUUCCCUCUAUCUCGGCUUCCCUCCCUCCUUUUCCCCUUCUUUUCCAUUCCCCUUCCCUCUAUCUCGCUUUCCCUCCAUCCUUUUCCCCUUCUUUUCCAUUCCCCUUCCCUCUAUCUCGCUUUCCCUCCAUUCUUUUCCCCUUCUUUUCCAUUCCCCUUCCCUCUAUCUCUCCUUCCCUCCCUCACGCGUUCACUCUCUCCUUCCUUCUACCUCGCCUGACCUUCCUCCCUCCCUACUUUUCCACCUCUCUCCUCCCAUGUAUCUCACCUUCCAUUCCUCCUUCUUUCCCUUCUCCUUGCCUCUAACUUGCUUUCCCUUCUUCCCUCUCUCCUUCCUUCCAUCUCCCCUUCCUUCCCACUAUCCAGCCUUCCUCACCCCUUCUGUCUCUUCUUCCCUUUACCUAGUCUUCUCUCUCCCCUGCCACUACUUCCCUUCUUCACUCCUUCAUUAUUUCUUUCCUUCUAUCUUCCUUCCCAUUCUCCCUCCUUCCCUACUACUCUCUUACCCUUUAUCUCUCCUUUCCUUCUUCACUCUCUCCUUCCUUCUACCUCGCCUUUCCUCACUCCCUCCCUGCUUCUCUCCCACCCUCUAA